GCAGAAGAAGUGGGAUGGCGAGCGAAUGAAGAAGAAACAGUUGUGCGUUUUUCAAUCAGUAUCAGCAUAAGUAGCAAACGUAGCAAACAAACAAAUUUCCUCGUCGAGUGCAGUGCCUGAAGCGUAUGAAUGUGUGCGUGGUGCAAAGUGUUGAAUGUAGGCGUAGUGUACAAUUUACCGUAAUCCCCGCGUACAAGCUGCGCUGCAAACCGAGCACCAGCAGCCAUCCAAGAGCAUCUCGCGUUUCACGGAUGUGUCGAGUGUAGAGAGAAGAAGAAAAAAACAGAAAUUUCACAGUGUGCACCCGGGAUUUGCUAAAGGAGCGACUAUCCGAAGUGAAAAGUGGUGUUGUUUUAGUGAAAAAAAAAACGCAUCUGCGAUUCGAUCGUGUGAUAUACCCUCUAUCUGGUGCGACGAUACCAUAGCAACAGGCGAAACCUCGAGAGUUUGCGGCGGUGGUGGUGGUAUUAUUAUUAUUGCCCAGCCGAAAAAAGAUGGUUGUGCAAGUUUCCACCGUACCCGCAGUUCUGUGAAUCACCAUCGAAUAACGGAAGUUGAGCGCAUCAGCACCAUAUUCCUGGCAGCGAGAUAGAGCAAGUGCGAGUGGGAGCUCGAUUUCAUACAAUCGACAUUGGCACUACCGCAAAGGCACAGCAUCGUUAUUGCACUGCUAUCACAGGAAAUGUUAUCAUGGGCUACUCUCAAGAGCUGUAAUACGCGGUGCAAAUUGACCCUCUUCGUGUUUUAAGUGCAUUAGAGAUCAAUUGUUGCUAGAAUCUAAAACCUGACGAAAGCGCACCAACGCGCGUUUAUUGCGUUGUUUUGAGCUAAGCCUGUAUUACGUUGCUUGCUACACAGGAUUAGUGAGUGUAGAGAGAUAGAGCCAAUAAAAUACCGUAUAGGUAGCAAAUAUUAUUCCACCGGCCAACAGUAAUACACAGCAACGAAUGCAUUGUUGCAGUAUCGUCGCUUCGUUACCGUUUACCGAUGCAUAAGCAGUGUGCUGCUCGUUAAUGUUAGAUAGAGUGUAAUAGAUAUUCCACCGCAUUUCGUCGUGGAUAUGUGCAUUUGAGAGACGGGUUUUCAUCGCUCGCCAGAGUGUGCCAGAGUGGUAGUUGAUAGAUGCGACAAAAUGCGCGACGCAAGUCGAAACACAUUCAACUUGAACUUCCCGUUACGGCGUUUGUUGCUGCAAAGUGCAAGAGCAGCUCGCGGUAGCCCACCGCUCGGACAACGGCUGUGUGACGCGGAAAAGGGGGGCAGCACCGGUGGCAGCAGUGGUGGAGGACACGGGAGUGGCUCGAAUGGGGGCGGAAAGCAUGAUAAGACUGGAUCUUCAGGCCAUAGCAGUAAUAAGCACAAUUCCGACGCAUCUUCGCAACAUUCAGCAAACUCGCCGGGCAAUUUGGAGCGUGGAUCGGCGAACUCGAAACUCACCCCUAGUAGCCACAAAUCGUCGCACAGUUUGCACAGCAAGGGCGGAAGCUCUAAUACGGCAGCAGGAGGCACCGGAACGAAUGCGUCAUCCACCGCCGGAAAAGUCCCCGAUGAGUGUCCGCUGUGCUAUGACGUGUUACCUUCGAGCGACGACUACUAUCCGCUGCUGAACUGCAAGCACUACGCAUGCCGAACAUGCCUGGAAAAUUAUCUAAUGAUCCAGAUCUCGGAAUCGCGUACGGAUAUCAGUUGUCCGCAGUGCUCGGAUUCGAUGCAUCCCACGGACAUACAAACGCUGCUGAAGGCGUUCCCGACGGCCAUCACAAAGUAUGAGGAUUUUAUGGUCCGCCGGGUGCUGCUGUCCGAUCCCGAUUCGCGCUGGUGUCCUGGGCCCGACUGCACGUAUGCCGUCAUCGCUACCGGAUGUGCCUCCUGUCCAAGAAUAUGCUGUCAGCGGCCAGGAUGUGACGUGCAGUUUUGCUACCACUGCAAGGCGGAAUGGCAUCCCGAUCAAACGUGCGAUGCGGCCCGUGCCUCCCGCCAAAGUCCAACGCGCGCCCUGUCCGGUAGUAUUAGAAAAAAUUCACAACAUAAAGAUGAAAUAAAACCCUGCCCACGGUGUCAGGUGCUUAUCGUGAAGAUGGACGAUGGGUCCUGCAAUCACAUGGUGUGCGCUAUCUGCGGUUCCGAGUUUUGCUGGCUGUGCAUGAAGGAAAUCAGCGAUCUGCACUAUCUUAGCCCGUCGGGAUGUACCUUCUGGGGGAAGAAACCAUGGUCACGGAAAAAGAAGCUACUGUGGCAGCUCGGAACGCUGGUGGGUGCUCCACUAGGGAUUGCUCUGGUGGCGGGUAUUGCCGUACCAGCGAUGAUUAUCGGGAUUCCUGUGUGGGUCGGGCGAAAGAUACAUACGCGCUACAAGUCAGCCGGCAAGCACAAACGCAAUUUUGCCGUUCUAGGCGGAGUGACGGCAUCGGUAAUUGUUUCGCCUGUUCUUGCCGGAUUAGCCGUUGCCAUCGGUGUGCCAAUAUUACUGUUUUACGUGUACGGCGUUGUGCCGGUCUCGCUCUGCCGGGCAGGUUGUGGAGAGGGAACGAAAUUUGAAUUCGACGAGGAAGAAGACAACGGUUCCCGCAACCAUGACGCUGCCAGCGUGGAUGCCGUAUCACGCAUCGGAGCCACCAGCAUUGGGGAAGUUAGUCUAAGCGUGGCCAGCGGUAGCCAUCUCGGUGUUUCCAGCCAACAUUCAGCGUAUGGUGCAACGAACCCGUCCACAACAGCUCUUGCUGGCAGCAUUACGGGACACCGUUUGGAGGUACAGGCCGACGUGAGCACUUCCGAGACUGCCAGCGCGGUGACUUGCGUUAGUGAAAAGUCUGGCAACACGCUGAACGACACAGCCUCCACCAAAGCGCUGGCCGGGUCGAUACUGAGCUACAAGCAGCAGGCGGAGUCAAGCGCCUUCAGCGAGGAUGGCGCUUCCGAAAGGGUACGCUUCGACAACACCGUGUCGUUCGUUAUUGACAGUAAAAAAGAUUCCUGUGAUUUCUUGUACAGCAUCCCAUCGGAUCAGGACACUGCUGCAGAUAAGGCAAGCUUGGGUAGCGGACGAUCCUUCCGCAGCUCCGAACGUUCAUUCCGGGACGACUUUGAUUCUACCAGUGUGUCUUCAGCGCAUAAGCGCAUCAACUUUGGCAAGCUGAUUCCCAAGCUCAGCUCCAGCCAGCAUCGUAAUCUUUCGAUCGACAGUACAACCGGGUCGUACAACAUCCCGGAGAAUGUCAGUCUGGAGCAGGAGCUGGAGCAAGAGGAGACACCCGCUAGUGGUCAGCAGCAGCAGCAGCAGCAGCAAGUUGCCUCACCAAACUCCUCUUCCUCCACGGCUGUUACAGCACCGUUGCGCAGCACAACACAAUCCCAGACAGCACAUUUAGCCGGAGCAUCUGCUCUACCGCCGAAAGCACAGACUGGCUCGCUGGAUCCGUCUCCCGAGUUUACGGUACGACACGCGGCAAAAUCGACUUCCGCACCAAUUGCAUCUAGCAGCAGCAGCAGCAGCAGCAGCAACAGCAGCUGCUCAUCAAAUGAGGCAAUUAAUAGGGCAAUUUUAAUAGAAAAGCCAGCCCUUCUCUCGUCCUUCAGCACGGGGGGCUGCGCAAGCGGUGGCCACACAGAGGCAGCCCAAAAUCAAAGGAACGAAUCGAAACCAUUACAAUCGCUGGUGUCGCCCCCACUGUCGACAAGCUCCUUAAGCGAUGCUUCUUCAGGGCCUCCAAAAUCGCGCACCCACAUCCUGCGCAAUCUGUUCUUCUCGUUGCCGAAUGCAUCGGAAUCGUCUGGUGCUACGGAGGCGACGGUCGAGUGUGGACAUGCUAGCAGCACGGGCGCACGUACAAAGACAGCUCCAUUGACUUCCCCGCUAUCGCCAUCGUCCUCCUCGUCCUCGUCUUCUUCCACCACUUCUUCCGCAUCCUCGACGACGCACACAGGGCUUUCCUCGGGCACCACACUACCAUGAACAUACCAUGUCAUCGAUCGUAUACGAUGGUGGUAGGAAGAACGGAGUGAACUUUGCAUUUUAUUUUCCACGGGGGCCAUUUUGGGGUGUUUGGGCCAAAGCAUUUUGGCUUUCAGGCUAUCCUUUCGUAUGUUUGUGUUUGGCUUGAAUGGUGUAAUGAUUCUGUCAGACCCUUGUUCUCGUUGUCUAUUAUUACUGCCCUGUUCUCAUGCGUACAACAAAGGGAAAAACGCAUCAAAACGAUAACAAACAAGACUGCAUGAAUGCCAGAACUAAUACGCCACCACACAUUAGUUAGUUGGCUGUGUUUGUUUAAACAUGGUUCCAGCAGAGCCAACGAUUUAUUGACACGGAGGACGAUGAAUCAAUGAUCCUUGGACAUGAGGCAAUCUAACCGGAAAACAAAAACCAUACGAAAGGAAUAUUGAAUUAAGUAAGAGCAUAAUAUUCCGGACAACGGAAUGGAAUCGGACACGGAUCUACUAUUAUGAUGCCAAAUUCGAAAACGGGCACCUUUUAUGUUUGUGCGUAGGUGCGUGUGUGCGCACGUUUUUUUUUUCUCUACUACAACAACAGCAACAGAGGAGAGAGAAUGAGAGACAAUAGAAAAGCGAUGUGAGAUCCGGGAGAUUGAAAUGCUUUGUAUUAGGUAAGGUUACGGAGACACUAUUAGAUAGCAAGAUGGUUACAAACAAAGCAAAACAAAAUCAGCGAAAUGUGUUAGUGUCAUCAGUACAGGGUAGUGAAUACGACAGAAGUACGAAGUUAAAUGCUAUUUAAAGGCUAGGAGUUGAUUCAGGUAGGGACGAAGCAGCACAGAACGGAACAGAACAGAACAUCCCUAUCCAUUUUUAUCUAAUGGGGUUCGAUAGUACUAAUUUUCUAUUUAAAAAAACAAAAUCAUGUUCGAAGUUCAUGAAACAAUUCGUUUGAAACGUCUUUACGGAGAGCGGAACCGUACGAAACCGAAAGCGUAUGCGCGCAUACGUAUCAAAUAUAGAAUUAAAUAAUCCCACAA